GUUCUUCUCAGAGGUGGUGAGUUAUCUUUAUUUCCUCAAGGCAAGGUUAACGGUGCCGCAUGUUUUUUUUUUUUUUUUGGCCGUGGUGCAGGCCAGCUUGGGGUUUGCUGGAUUAAAUCUCUCUGCAGGUUUAAUCACAAUAACGGCAGCCACCGUGGUCACAUGAUCACCGGCAGCUGUCGGGUUUCUCUGGGAAAAGUCAGCGACUUCUGAAUGAUCUUUUGUUGUCUCAAAUCUUUCAGUCAUCCUGUAGGCCGUCGCGCUUUAAGACGGGCCUGCCUGUACUUUCUGAACAGGUGCUAUAACCACCGCAGGCUUAGGCCACAUGCCUGGCAUGUUGUGAUUUUUGGGAGCAGCAGGCCCUGAGAAUUCGCUAAGGAAAACUUACAGCAAAUCUCUGUCCGGGGGUCUGUCAGAGCUGUGAUCUGACGGAGGGGGCUGUGUUGGUGUUUUAAGGGUGUUGCUGAGGGUAAAGUCCAAUGAAUGACAUCACCGUCAUUAAAGUAAUUCUACUGAUUUGAGGAAAUGGAGAUGCCCUUUUUGGCGGAGGUCUGCAUUUGUGCCUCUUUGUUAUUUUUAACAGUGGGGGACAAUCCCGUAGACUCUAGUUAUGUGGGGCCUCCGGAUGGGGGGCUGGCCCCUUUAAACAAUGUCCUUGCUUGUAUCAAAGGCUAAGCCUGCAUGUUUUUCUCCCCAACACAUUCUGGAGCACUGUCAUUUCCAUCAUUGAUCCCCUUUUUCCUGACCACUGUAGCCUCAUCCGGCUUUGUACGGCUCCCUCUCAGAGCUCAUUAGAAUUCUCAGUGAGUGCAGCAGAGCUGCCUAAUGUCCCAGUACAGAACCAGAUAGCAAUCAGACGUCCUGUGAACCAUCAGCCUAAUGUGUUGAGAAACAUUAGGUUGAUUAUACCUUUUUGGACAAUCUCUACGUGGUACGGAGAGAAGAGAAUUCAGAGAAGAGAAUUGGAAAAAUAAAUUGAUUAAAGCUUAAUUUCGAUGCAGAUCAGUUGGACUCUGUGCCCUGUUUCAAAGUAUGUAAAAGAAAGAUCUUGUGUUUAGAGCCAAAACAUCAAUGAAUGCUCCCUCUCUAACUCUGCUUUUGUCUCAUUCUCCUUCUCAGCCUGACCAUACAGACAAGGUAUCAUGUGUCUUAUUUGAUUAUUCUCAGCUUUCUUGUGUUUUAGGUUCUGUCUUGUCUCACUUUCCUCUGACAUCCCAUUUUAUCUACGCGCGCUCCCUGUGUGCUCGGCUGGGCUUUUAUUCUAAUGUGUUUCUGACUGACACUCCCAUAGAAGCACUUUGCUCAUGUCCUGAUACACCAUUUACAUUUGAGUUGGGACUGUUUAUCCGACAGUCGUUUUAAACCAACAGCCAGAACUGCUGAGGCCACAAGUCUGUCUAACUGAUAUAUCUCACAGGUUUUCAACAUUCGUUGGUAACAUCAUCCAAAAAUAUGUCUAUUUAAAAAAGAAUCUGCUGAUAGAAAAGACUUGCCCUUGGGUACCUCUCUGGCUAAAGCGUUUGCUUUGUGCUGCUUGCAGGCAAACAGUACAGUAUCUCGUCCAAUGUGGAGUUUCAAGUUUGUUGAAAGCUGAUUUUUUUUUUUCCCUCAAGUGCACUACUUAUUCCGGUGCUGUAACUCUUCGACAAGUGUGUGCCACUGAUUAGCCAGCUGCUAUUUAUAGAUGGUACCAUGUAUAUCCGCCCACCAACGCCAUGUUUUUGUUUGCUCCUGCACCAGUAUGUAUCCGGUCGGAGGGAUAUCUGCAAGCAUAUACGCCAACAGGCUCCGGGCAGAAGGCAUGGGCUCCAACGACCAGGCUGUGCACUUCGCCAACCAGGACUACGAGGCACUCAAGCAGGACUGUGUGGAGUCGGGCUGCCUGUUCGAGGACCCCUGCUUCCCCGCUGAGCCUCCGUCUCUGGGCUUUAAGGAGCUUGCACCUUACUCCUCUAAAACCAGAGAUGUGGAGUGGAUGAGGCCCACGGAGCUGACAGCUGACCCUCAGUUCAUCGUGGGUGGUGCCACCCGGACAGACAUCUGUCAGGGGGCUCUGGGUGACUGCUGGCUCCUGGCGGCCAUCGGCUCUCUGACUCUGAACGAGAGGCUCCUUCACCGCGUUGUCCCGCACGGCCAGUCCUUCCAGGAAGACUACGCAGGAAUCUUCCACUUCCAGUUCUGGCAGUUUGGCGAGUGGGUAGACGUUGUGAUUGAUGAUCGAUUGCCUGUCAAAGACGGGGAGCUGAUGUUUGUGCAUUCAGCCGAGGGCAAUGAAUUCUGGAGUGCACUCCUGGAGAAAGCUUACGCCAAGCUGAAUGGCUCCUACGAGGCUCUCUCGGGAGGAAGCACCACUGAGGGAUUUGAGGACUUCACGGGCGGCGUGUCUGAGAUGUAUGAGCUGCGCAAGGCUCCAAGAGAUCUGUACAGGAUCAUCAGCAAGGCUCUGGACAGAGGCUCCCUGCUGGGCUGCUCUAUUGAUAUUACCAGUGCCUUCGACAUGGAGGCCGUUACAUUCAAAAAGCUAGUGAAGGGCCACGCCUACUCCGUUACAGGCCUGAAGGAGGUCAAUUACCGGGGCGACAUGCUACGCCUUAUCCGAGUACGUAACCCUUGGGGGCAGGUGGAGUGGACCGGUGCCUGGAGUGACAAUUCCUCUGAGUGGGAUGAGAUUGACCCCUCAGAACGAGAGGACUUGCAUCUUCAGAUGGAAGAUGGAGAGUUUUGGAUGUCCUUCAGUGAGUUUUUGAGGCAGUUUUCUCGACUAGAGAUCUGUAACUUGACUCCGGACGCUCUGAGUGAGGACAGCGUCAGCCAUUGGAACACCAUCAAGUUCUAUGGCACGUGGAGGAGGGGCAGCACUGCCGGGGGCUGCAGGAACCAUCCCAACACAUUCUGGAUCAACCCUCAGUAUAAAAUCACAUUGCUGGAGGAGGACGACGACCCAGAGGAUGAUGAGGUGGCGUGCAGUUUUUUGGUAGCCCUCAUGCAGAAGGACCGCCGCAGAUACCGCCGCCAAGGUCAGGACAUGCACACCAUUGGCUUUGCUCUGUACGAGAUUCCAGAAGAGUACAGGGGCUGCCAGAAUGUCCAUUUAAAGAAAAACUUCUUUCUGAGCAAUUCGUCAUGUGCACGCUCUGAGACCUUCAUUAACCUGCGGGAGGUGAGCACCCGGCUGCGUCUACCCCCGGGAGAGUACCUCAUCGUCCCCUCCACCUUCGAGGCGGGCAAAGAGGCCGACUUUGUCCUCAGGGUGUUCACUGAAAAGCAAUCUGAGACAGAAGAACUGGACGACCAAGUCUCGGCCGAUUUGGAGGAUGAGGAGGAAAUAACAGAAGAUGACAUCGAUGAGUCUUUUAAGUCCAUGUUUGCUCAACUUGCAGGGGAGGACAUGGAGAUUUCUAUUCGUGAGCUUAGGACCAUUCUGAACAGAGUCGUCUGCCGGCACAAAGAUGUGAAGACUGACGGCUUCAGUAUGGAGUCCUGUAGAACCAUGGUCAACCUCAUGGAUAAAGAUGGCAGCGCCCAUUUAGGAAUGGUGGAAUUUCAGAUCCUCUGGAACAAGAUCCGCAAGUGGCUGGUCAUUUUCAGGCAGUUUGAUCUGGACAAGUCUGGGGCCAUGAGCUCAUAUGAGAUGCGGCUAGCUGUGGAGGCAGCAGGUUUUAAACUCAACAACCAGCUGAACCAGAUUCUGGUAGCACGGUAUGCAGAGAACGAAAUGAUCGACUUUGAUAACUUCAUCUGCUGCUUGGUCAAGCUUGAAUCCAUGUUUAGGUCUUUCCAGCAGUUUGACAAAGAAGGAUCAGGAGUGGCAGAGCUGAAUCUCACAGAGUGGCUUUACCUGACAAUGUGCGGUUGAAGAAAUGGCCUGUCUGGACCGGAGAAAGGUGUAAAGUCGUGCCUGCAGCUCUGAAACCGCCCCCCCCCCGCCCCAGCCUAUUUCGCUAUUCACCUUACUGCAACUAAUAGUAUAAAAAGUUUAAUAUAAGACCAAAGUCAAACAGAGCAAAGUGUAUUUCAGCCAAACUAUGCAAACUCUCAACAGGAAGCAGACACUCCAACAUCUUUCAUCACAUAAAAGGGUUUAAAAAAGGGGAAAAAUGUGCCUGUGCAUGUCAAACCACAAACAGUUAUUUUACUGUUGCAGUGAUUAAGUCAGCUUUUAUUUACUUUAUUUGCUCCAAAAGUUUAAUUUGUUCCUAUAAUACUUUUAAAGUCAAAGUUACUUUAAUUCUUUCUACUGUGACCUUUUCCAUUCAAUUUAAAAAUAAAUGAUCACCUCAGUGCUGUUAUUCCAUGUUACACCUGUAGGUGGUAGUGUAGACUACUGUCAAGUUGGAUUUUUUUUUCAAUUUUAUGUUCAAGUUUAAGCCUGUAGAACAUUUAUAUUUUCCUGUACUUUAAGUAAGGCCGUUGUCUCUUACUCUUACAAAUGUCAGAAUAUAACUUCAGUUGAAAGGAGAUGCUUGUGAUGUUGCCUUGUAUUAAUAAAAAAAGUAUUAUUUCACCUUCCAUUUGCAGGAAUAGCAAAAGUCUACAUGUCAGUCACUUUUUGUUUUAUGAAUGUAUGUUGUGCCUUCAUUAAAUAUUUCCUCUGAACUGCUAAACUGGUGUUUGUUGUGUUCAUAAUAUAGGACACGGCCCACUUUUACUCGUUCAAAGUGCAGCAGACACUUCCAUUUAGAAGGUAAAG